AUGGAAUUAGCCGCAAUUACACUUUAUGAAAUUUUACCGUUAUUUCCAAUUGAAAUUCAUGAAAAAACUAAAGAAAUUUAUAGACAGAUUCCAGAAACAUUGUUGAAAUUCUUAGAUUUAGCAGAAACCGUCAAAACUGCUGAAUGUCGUGAAUUUGAUUUACGUCAUGAUACUUACACUACCAUAGGUCGAAGUGAAUAUUGGGCCAGCUUAUGUCAAGCUUCUCAUGCUCUUAUACCUAAAAACAUUCAUCCUCAAAAUGAAAUCAAAACUAAUUCAAUAUAUUCAAAUGCGGAUCGAUCGAAAGAAAAAUCGAGAAGUCAAAUGCAACAUUUAAUAUCGCAUGAUCAUAAAUCACCUAUUAAAUAUAACAAUAAACAUGCAAAUAAUCUUCGCUUACAUUUACUUCAUUCAAUACGAAAGAUAUUUCGUGAUCAACAUAUUAUAGAAAUAACUCCAGAUGUUCUUGCUGAUCAAAUUGUACGAAAAUGUUUAGAACAAUGUCCUGAUUGGGGUGAAAAACAGUGUAGAACUUCAUCAACAAUUGUUCGAUCUAAUAUAACUGAUAUUAUAGAACAAGAAUCAACAUUAGUGAAUAUCACUGUUUACGUAUAUGCUCAUCUUAUGUAUGAAUAUGAACGAUCAUUUCUUCCUUGCAAGAAGGAGAAUCAACCAAAAAUUGGUUAUGAUUUAACUAUUGAAUUAAGUGGUAUAUCAAUUAACUGCCUGACAUUAGUAAAAUUUUGUGAAUUGGUAGCUGAAAAUGACGUUUUAGCUGUAAUUAAAGUGAUUGAAGAAACCAGUCCAACAAUGACAUCGAAUGAUUUAAAUAGCAAAGACUUAAAUCCAAUCACCAAAAAAGAACACUAA